AUGACAUCAGGUUUUGCGCACGUGUGGAUGGCCUGGCUCUGCGUCGGCGGUGCCUUGCAGAUCCCGUCGCGCCACACGAGCCAUCGCGCCCUCUACGCGGCGUCCGUGGCCGUGCCGGCGCCGCGGGCGCCGGCCGGCGGCGGCGCCGCCGUGCGGGGCGACGGCAGCGUCGUCGUCGGCGGCGCGACGGUGCUCGAGCCGGGCGCGCGGCGCCUGCGGCGCGCCGUGGCCCUCGGCGACGCCGAGGUCGGGCGCGAGGCCGAGGCGGGCGGCGGCGUCUUCCUGAGCUUCGGCCUCCGGCGGCCGCGCGCGCGCGUCGACGUCGAUUUGGGCUACCUGCCCCAAGGCCGGCUCCUGAGCGUCGCGCGGAACAAGCGCUGGUGGAUGGCGCCGGCCUUCGGGGACGUGCCCCUGGAGACGCAGCUCGUCGUCGUCGAGGGCGCGGACGCGGACGCGGCGGGCCGGCGGACGUACGCCGCGUUCCUCCCGCUCCUCACGGGCGGCGGCCGGCUCCGGGGCACGCUCCGCGGCGCCGUCGAGGCGCGCGGCGGCGAAAAGCGCACGCGCCUCAUCCUGCGCUGCGAGAGCGGCGACGGCGCCGUCGCCGCGGCGGACCUCGACGGCGCCGUCCACGUGUCGGCGACGCGGUCCGGUGACGCGGGCUGCGUCCACGGCCUCGUGGAGCGCGCCGUCGAGGCCGCGGCGGCGCGGACGGGGACCUUCGCGCCGCGGCGCGCCAAGGCCGUGCCGCGGCGCAUGGUCGACGGUUUAGGCUGGUGCACCUGGGACGCGUUCUACAGCUCCGUUUCCGCAAAAAAGGUCGAGGCGGGCCUCGAGGCGCUCGGCGCCGCGGGCGUCAAGUGCCGGCGCCUCAUCAUCGACGACGGCUGGAUGGCCCUGGACCGCGACACGGACGACGCCCUCAACCUCAGCGGCGAGAUCCUCACGGCCGCGAACUCCGCGGGGAACGCCGCGGAGAAGAUGUACGACGGCCCCGCGGCGCGCGCGCAGCGCAAGUUCGCGGAGCUCGUCGGCGCGGCCUACGCGCGCUACGUCGAGCGCGCGCCGCCGAACUCCGCGGGCGUGCUCUUAUGGCGCCUCGCGGCGACGACGGUGCUCCGCGCGCCCCUCUGCCACUUCUUCGACGAGUCGACGGACUUCACGAAGGCGCUCGCGUGGCCGCCGCGGCCCCACGCGGCCAAGUUCGGCGGCGAGGCGGGCCUCGCGGCCUUCGUGCGCGACGUCGCCAAGGGGACCCACGGCGUGGACCACGUCGCCUGCUGGCACGCGUCCGCGGGCUACUGGGGCGGCGCGGCGACGCCGGCCGCGAGCCGCGUCCGCGCGCGCGCGACGCCGCACCUCGCGGCCGUCGAGCCGGCCAUCGGCUGGGACCCGGCGACGCUCAAGGGGGCGCUGACGCCGACGACGCCGAAAGCCAUCGCCGAGCUCUACGGCGGGCUCUACGGCGCCCUCGCGCGCUGCGGCGUCGACGGCGUCAAGGCGGACGCCAGGGCAGCAAAAGAAAGCGAAAUUCCCAACUUCAAAGGCUCAUAUCUCGGCCGUUUUCCACUCGCGGACGCGCAGUCCGGCGUCGGCGCCUUAGGCGGCGGCCGCGGCGGCGGCCCCGAGGCCGCGCGGCUCUUCGUCGAGGCCAUGGAGGGCGCCGGGGCGGCGCACUUCGGCGACGGCGGCGCCGUGGCCGUGUCGAACUGCAUGUGCCACUGCACGGAGCAGCUCUACCGCUACGCGUCGACGGCGCUCGCGCGCGCGUCCGACGACUUCUACCCGCGCGAGGCGCCGUCCUGGCGCUGGCACCUCACGGCCUGCGCCUACAACUCGCUCCUGUUGUCGCCCAUCGUGCUGCCGGACUGGGACAUGUUCCAGAGCGACCACCCCGCCGCGUGGCUCCACGCGGCCGCGCGCGCCAACUCCGGCGGGCCCGUGACCGUGUCCGACAAGCCCGGCGCCCACGACGACGCCGUGCUCCGGGCGUUGGCCCUGCCCGACGGCGCGACGCUCGUCGCGACGGCGCCCGCGCGCGUCGGCGCGUCGGCGCUCUUCGCGGACGUCGCGCGCGACGGCGCGAGCCACCUCGCGCUCGCGGCGCCCAACGGCGACGACGGCGCCGUCGUCGGCCUCUACAACGUCCAGGGCUCGGCCUGGUCCUGGGACGAGCGCCGCUUCGUCGCCGGCGACGCGGCGCCCGUCGACGCGGCGCUCGCGCGCGCCGACGCGGCGCUCGCGUGGCGCGAGCGCGACGACGGCGCGCCCCUCGCGGCCUACGCCUUCCGCGCGAAGACCCUCGAGAUCCUCCGCGGGCCCGGCGCCGCGGCGACGCCCCGGGCCCUCGACCCGGGCGCCUUCGAGCUCUACGCCGUCCGCCGGGUCCUCGCGACGCCGGCCGGCGUCGAGUUCGCGCCGCUCGGCCUCUCCGCCAUGCUCAACGGCGGCGGCGCCGUGAGGGCCGCCGCCGUCGACGGCGAGGCCGCGGACGUCGCGGCCCUCGGCCCGGGCGCCUUCGCGGCCUACGCGUCCGCGGAGCCGCGGUCCCUCGCCGUCGACGGCGCGGCCGCGGCCUUCGCCUACGACGCCGCGGCGCGCCUCCUCACCGUCGACCUCGCCCCGGGGGACCACGCGCUCCGCGUCGUCUGGGACUAG